AUGACUGAAGUUAUUGAAAGUAAAAAUGAAUACACUGCAAUCUGUCAUAUAAAAGCUACUAAGAAUAACACUAUUAUUCAUGUUACUGAUAUGACUGGCAGUGAAACCAUAUGUAGAAUAUCUGGUGGUAUGAGAGUUAAAUCAAAAAGGGAUGAAGGAUCACCUUAUGCUGCUAUGAUUGCUGCUCAGGAAGUGGCUGCUAUUAUCGCCAAAAAAGGUGUUAAAACUGUACAUUUUAUGCUAAGAGGUGCGGGUGGUGUAAAGCCUAAAGCUCUGGGAGCUGGUGCACAGGUAGCUGUUAGAUCAAUUAUAAGAAGUGGUAUUAACAUGGGAAGAAUAGAAGAUGUUACACCAAUACCUACUGAUAGAGUAAGAAUGAAGGGUGGUCAUAGAGGAAGAAGAGUUUAA